UAUACCAAGAAGACAAUAGGAAUGAGUGUCCAGCAAGUGGGGAAGGUUUUUUUGAAACAUCAGACAUUAAUAUGCAUUCAAAUCCCCACAACAGAAAGAAAAUAUUUAAAUGCUUGGAGUGUGGAAAAAACUCCAGUCAGACUAGAAAACAUACUUCCCAUCAAAAAAUUCACACAGGAGAGAAACCAUAUAAAUGUCUGCAGUGUGGAAAAAGCUUCCAUCAGAGUUCAUACCUUAUUUCCCACCAAAGAAUCCACACAGGAGAGAAACCAUAUAAGUGUCUGGACUGUGGAAAAUGCUUUGGGCGGAAAGAUAAUCUUACUUCCCAUCAAAGAGUUCACACAGGGGAGAAACCAUACAACUGUCUGCACUGUGGGAAAAGCUUCCGUCAGAGUACAUCCCUUAUUUCCCAUCAAAGAAUCCACACAGGGGAGAAACCAUAUAAAUGCCUGAAGUGUGGAAAAAGCUUUGGGCGGAUAGAUAAUCUAAAUUCCCAUCAAAGAAUCCACACAAGGGAAAAACCAUAUAAAUGCCAGGAGUGUGGGAAAAGCUUUGGAGAGAAAGGUGCCCUAAAUACCCAUCAAAGAAUUCACACAGGGGAGAAACCAUAUAAAUGCCUUGAAUGUGGAAAGAGCUUCAGCAGGAGAGCAUACAUUAUUUCCCAUCAAAGAAUUCACACAGGGGAAAAGCCAUACAAAUGCUUGGUGUGUGGGAAAAACUUUGGGCGGAAGGAUUACUUAACUUCCCAUCAAAGAACUCACACUGGAAAAACCAUAUAAAUGCUUGGGGUGUUG